GAGCGUGGUGACGUCAGGACGCAGCGGGCCGUUGCUAGGGGACGGUGGGCCUGGGCCGGGGCGGGGGCGGCAGCGAGUGAGUGAAGAUUGUUCCGCCGGCGGCCGGGAGCCAACAUGUGGACGGGGAGGCUGCUCCAGGUAUGGCUGUGCAGACACCACUGGACGUUACUGCAGAGGACGAGGCAGGUCCCCAUAGUCGUUAUCAAGCAACGACUUGGCUCCAAGGCCCCCAGCGAUGUGUAUCGCCGAGGCCUGUACAAGAAGGUGGUCCUGGGGCUGGUGCUCGCCCCGCCGCUCGUUACCGGCGCCGUGUGGUGCUUGUCCGAUACACGUGACCGCAGGCGGAUGCGGAUUCUGGUCGAUGGCGUCGGCCGCUUCUACAGGUCUAUUUACAUUGGAAUAAAAAUUUCUGUGGAUUACUGGUGGACCAUCAAUGUUGAACUGCGCGGACUAAACGAGGACAAUCCGGACUUCAUCGCCACCAUGUCUGCCUGCCACCAGCGAGGUGCAGACCUCAUCGUGGACGGUGCCAUCAAGAACGCCGGCCUGUACAUUAAGCUGGGCCAGGGGCUGUGCUCCUUCAAUCACCUACUCCCUCCAGAGUACAUUAACUCCCUGCGGGUGCUCGAGGACAAGGCCAUCAACAGGAGGUACAAGGAGCUUGAUCUCUUGUUCUUUGAAGAUUUUAAGAGCACCCCGCAAGUGAUGUUCAAGCGCUUUGAUCCGGAGCCAUUUGCAGCGGCCAGUCUCUCUCAAGUCCACAAGGCAGAGCUGCAGGACGGGACACCCGUGGCCGUUAAAAUUCAAUUUAUCGAUCUCCGGGACCGGUUUGAUGGAGAUAUCCUGACCCUUGAGUUCCUCUUGACCAUAGUUCAGUUCAUGCAUCCGAAGUUUGCAUUCAGCUGGGUUUUGCAGGACCUGAAGGGAACUCUGGCCCAGGAACUGGACUUUGAGAAUGAAGCCCGCAAUGCCGAGCGCUGUGCGCAAGAUCUCAGUCACUUCAAAUUUCUCGUCAUUCCCAAGGUGUACUGGAAGCAGACCAGCAAGCGGAUCCUGACCGCCGAAUACUGUGAGGGCUGCAAGGUCACCGACAUCGAGGACAUGAAGCGUCGGGGCGUGACGGUGAAAGAUGUAGCGGAUAAGCUGGUGAGGACUUUCGCAGAGCAAAUAUUUUUCACCGGCUUCAUCCACGCAGACCCCCACCCUGGCAACGUGUUGGUGAGAAAAGGUCCGGAUGGAAAGGCAGAACUGGUGCUCCUGGACCAUGGACUGUAUGAAAUCCUGAGUGUAAAGGAUCGAGUGAGCCUGUGCAAACUCUGGCGUUCCAUCAUCCUCCUCAAUAAAGUGUCAAUGCAGAAAUACGCCAACGAGCUGGGAGUUAAAGACUACUUCCUGUUCUGUGAGAUCCUGAUGCAGAGGCCCAUCAACCUGAAGGAGACGGCGUUCCACUUGGCCAACAUCCUGACUCAUGAGGAACGGGCCUACAUGCAGGACAUGGCCAACAUCCACUUUGACCGCAUCAUCCAGGUGCUGAAGGACCUGCCGCGGCCUAUGCUGCUGGUCUUCCGCAACAUCAACACUGUGCGCAGCAUCAACACCAGCCUGGGCUCUCCUGUCGACCGCUACGUCCUGAUGGCCAGGAGUGCGGUCCAAGGCGGAAGCCUGUUCACCAGCAAGCACCAGCGAGGGUUUUGGUCUCUGGGGCCUCUCACCUGGAUGAAGAUUAAGUGGUCACGGAUCCAAUUUGAGAUCAGCCUCAGGUGCGAGAGCCUAAUGAUGAGAGCCGUGGCCAUCGUCUUCCGUCUGUUUGUCUACUUUGGUCUGGUGCCACCCGACGAGGACCUGUAUAACUACCUGGUGCAGUAGUGGCCUGGGCUCCCUCCCAUCAACCUCGGCUGUGGGAGAAUGCACUGAGGAAACCUAUUCCUUUCUUACCUCAUGAAGUGGAAUGGAGUGUGAAACACGUCGCACCUCCCACCCCAGACAGCAAACACACUAAGGGCUGGUGAGCUGAGCACAAUGCUGCUGUGUAUUAUGCACGGGUGCUGGCGCUCCCCAUUAAACCAGGCGUUUCCUUCUCCCCACAUGGACAUGUUCAGCUCCCUGGACCCUGCAGGUUGAGCACUUGUACUGCGCCUGAUAACAUUACACACUGGGUGCCAUGAAAUGCAAAAACAAGGAGCAUCGAGCUCCAUCUGAGGAUUGAACAUUUUUCUGUCAAAGUUCACUUUUACCCCUCCCAGUUCUCCACUCCCCUCCCAAAGGAGACCUCUUAUCCAUAAAAGUGGCAAAGAACAGAGCGUGGCCCAGUGGACCUCAACCCCUGAAAGUAUUAACUCUCAUCAUGUUACUGAAUUGUAUUUUGUGUAACUGUUUUAUUGCUGGUAUUUUAAGUAAAGUUGUUUACCUGAACCUCA